AUGUGCAGCGUUGAUAAUACAAAGCGUAUUGCCACCUUUCUCGAGGUGCCACUUGGAAAAGUGGGCUACAAUUCCGAAAAGAUUCUAACCAGGACCAAAUCCUCCUCGGAACCCAGCAUCUCAGGAUUUUCCUCCAUAGUACAGUCGCUGAUCCGCGAAUCGAAAAAGUCCUCAGUGCGACAGAUUCAUUCGGAUUUUGAAACGGAAUGCCAAAUACUGCAGUGGCUGGACUAUGCCGUACUGUUUGUGGCUCCAUCUAACAAGGAUAAGCACACGGCCAAGAACCUGUUGGAAGAACUCAAUUUCUACUUGCAAUCCCGAUCGUACUUGGUAAACGAUACUCUCAGCGUGGCGGACGUUGUGGUUUUCCAUACGAUCCACGAAACUAUGGCAAACCUGCAACCACUCGAAAAGGAAAACUUCCUGAAUGUAUCCCGUUGGUUUCAUCAUCUCCAGCAGCUGGAAGAAAUCCGUCAAGGGAAACUUCUGCUGAACUUUUCCACUCUACAGCUAUUGGAAUGGGCCACCGGCACCCACACAUAA